AUGUUUCGAGAAAAUCUUUGGCGGCUGACGGAUGAAGCACGUCGAGAAACUAAUAAAAGGAAUUUAUUUUUCUUGAAAACGGUUUUAAAUCAAAACUCAAGUGUCAAGGCCAUUCGCGAUCAUGAAAUACUUUUGACAACUGAGAAUGCUGAUAGCGUGCGCAGGCAGCAUGAUCUUGAUAUUUGCACUGAAUUGAACGGUCUCGAACAUGAACGCUUUUUACGAGAACGCGAGAGAAUUAGACAGCAACGCAACGAAGUUGAAAUACGUCAAUUAUUGGCGCAAAUAAAGCACGCCCAUUUGCAGAAAACGUCGAAUGAUCAACGAAUCGCAAAUCAAAAAAUGCGAGAGCAUGAAAGUCAAGCUUAUCGUGACGAGAUUCUCCGUUGCCGGGAAGAGUUUCGCAAAUACGAGGAAUUUCUAAAAGAAGCCGAAUUGCAGGAAAAAUUAAAAAAGUCAGCGUUACGUCAACAACUGUUAGAGCAGAUAAAGCGAAAGGAAUUGGCGCGACGGCUCGAGAUGGAGGAAAUUAUGAAAGAACGCGAGAAACGAUUAAAGGAUAUUGAAAAACUUAAACGAGAUGACGCGGAAGCGAGACGACAAAUAGAUCAAUAUGCUAAAGAUUGCGGUCAACAUCUUAAAGAGUUUUUAGAGCGUAGGGCUCUACAAAAAAUGCAAGCUAAACUUGAUGACGUUGAAACGAAUCGACGUUAUUUGAAAUUAUUGCGCGAUAAAGAAGAAGAGAAGCAAUUAAUCAGAGAUGAAAGAAAAAAAAAAUUAAUAGAACGUUCUGCGAUUAGCGAGCGACUUGGUCAGCAUGUAUAUGAAUUGGAAAUGGAGAAAAUUCAACGCAAUGAAUUACUGUUCAACUUACAUAUUGAAGAAAGUAAAAUUAAAGAAGAUCGGCAAUCGCAAGCGGCACGGGAAAAAGAACAGCAACAAAUGAUAGCUUUACGUCAGGAAAUGCAACGUGCACGCUUCGAACGGGCUGAGCAGCAAGACGCGCAAAAAAGGCGAGAACAAUUUAUUGCUAUUAAUCAUUUAAAACGCUACGCCGAAAUUGAAGAACGCGAGAAAGAACAAAAAGAGCAGCAGCGGCGUGAGCGCCUAGAAUUCGAUAAGGAUUUAUGCAACAUAAUUAAGGUAAGACAAGAAAAGCAAGCUGAAAUCGCUCAGGAAAAUAAGCUCGAAUAUAUACGUAUUGUCGAUAACGAACGUCAACGCCUUGAAAACAUUGCCAAGGAACGCAUCGCCUUGUUACAAGCUGAGCCAAGAGAGGUAUUACAAUUUAUACCAUCUGGCGCUUUAUACAAAGAGGAACGCAGAAUUCUAAAUAUAUAA